AUGAAAAAUCAAAACACCUCUGUGACUUACUUUCUUCUUUUUGGAUUUACAUACAAUCUUCCCAUCCAGAUGUUCCUGUUCUUUGUGUUUUUAUUCAUUUAUGCAAUUACAUUGAUGGGAAAUUUGAUAAUCAUGGUGGUAAUAAAGAAAAAUAGUCAUCUUCAAAGCCCCAUGUAUUUCUUCCUAAGUCAGCUGGCCUUUUUGGAUAUAUGCUAUUCUUCAGUCACAGUUCCUAAGGUGCUCGUAAAUUUCUUUGACAGCCAGACAAUUCCUUAUAACAACUGCAUUACUCAGAUGUUUUUCAUUCUUCUGACAGGAUCCACUGAAGGUUUUAUUCUUACAGCUAUGGCUUAUGAUCGUUAUGCCGCCAUAUGUAACCCUCUACAUUACGUAGAAACCAUGAACAUGCUGUUUUGCAAACAACUGGUGGGAAGUGCAUGGGCAAUCAGUUUCUUCUAUGCCACUGCAAAUACAUUACCUGUACUGAAGCUAGUGUUCUGUGGUCCAAAUAUAAUCAAGCACUUCAGCUGUGAACUGCCCUCUCUACUUGCUUUAUCCUGCACUGAUACUUUCAGAAGUAAAAUUAUGUUCUUCAUUACUGGUGGUGUAGCUGGAGGCUUCUCAUUCUCCCUUACUCUCAUCUCCUAUGUCAAUAUCAUCACUACAAUCCUGAAAAUGAAUUCAGCAGAAGCUAGGAAGAAAACUUUCUCCACCUGUAGUUCCCACCUCAUUGUUGUGGUUUUAUUCUAUGGGACUGGGUACUUUCGAUAUCUAAGGCCCAAUUCAGCCUCUUCAAUAAUUCUGGAUGAACUCUUCUCUGUCCAGUAUAGCAUUUCUACACCUAUGCUAAACCCUAUUAUUUACAGCCUGAAGACCAAAGAAGUGAAGGAAGCCAUUAAGAAAGUAAUUGGGCAAGUGGUUACUCAUCUAAGACAGCUGUUUAAAUAG